AUGAGAUCUUUACCUUCUUCUUCUUCUUCCUCUUCUUCUUCUUACCCACUCGUCGCUUUGAGCAAUAGACUUGAAACCCUCUUUAGGAAAGCAGAACAGCUUUCGGUUCUGUGUCAAAUUGAGGUCUGCGUUAUCUAUUAUGGACCUCAAGGAGAACUUCAAACGUGGCCUCACGAGAUAGAGAAAGUGAGAAACAUGGCUAUGAGGUACAGUCGGCUAAACGAAUCCUUGAGAAGCAAAAAACGCGUUAAUCUUUCUGAGUUCCUCAAGGACAAGGACAAGGGUUUGGAGAAUCCGAACAAGAGGAGGAAGACGUCGUCUCCGAAGAAGAAUGUGGAUGUAUUGAAGUAUCCAAUCUCUGAUCACUACUCUCCCGACCAAAUCCCCCAAUUGAUUCAGUCCUUGCAACUCAAUAUCUCUACAUUCCAACGAAGGCUUCGAUUUCUUGAGUCGCAAGAGAAACACAAACUACUCGAUCAUCAUCAUCAGAGUUUAGCAUCAUCCUCCUCUCUCACGACCCAUUCUUUGAACCCUAGCCUGCAUCAGAGUUUAGCAUCAUCGUCCUCUCUCACGACCCAAUCUUUGAACCCUAGCCAGCAGUUCUCGCUGUUUGUGUAUAACCAUGGAGACAAUACUCUCUCUCAGAUCCCAGUCUCUGCAUCAAAUCUCAACAAUCAGGAUUUCUCAGCGCUACUUCAAGGAUCUCAGUUGAAUAAUGAACACAACAUGUAUUAA